CAUGGCAACCGCGGCACAACAGGCCCGACGGGCGAGGGCGCCUCCGCCGCCGCCAUGAUUCCCCCGUCGGACUCGCUGCUCCGCUAUGACACGCCGGUGCUGGUGAGCCGCAACACCGAGAAGCGCUCACCCAAGGCCCCACCGCUGAAGGGCACUGCUCCGAUUCCGCCUCCUCAGCCGCCUCCUGCCCCUCCGCUCCCGACACCACCACCCUCCACCCCGGGCCCUGUUCCGCCACCAAUCCCACCUCCGAAGGGCAAACCCCCCGCCCCGUCCCUCGAGGCUGGGAAGCAUGCUGAUGAGAUCCUCAACGCCAUCCUCCCGCCCCGGGAAUGGGCGGAGGGGAACCAGCUGUGGACGCAGCAGGUGUCCAGCACACCAAGCACCCGGAUGGAUGUGGUCCACCUCCAGGAACAGCUGGACCUCAAGCUGCAGCAGCGCCAGGCCCGCGAGACCGGCAUCUGCCCCGUCCGCAGAGAGCUCUACUCCCAGUGCUUCGAUGAGCUGAUCCGGCAGGUGACCAUCAACUGUGCAGAGCGAGGCCUGUUGCUGUUACGUGUACGGGAUGAAAUCCGGAUGACAAUCGCGGCCUACCAGACCCUGUAUGAGAGCAGCGUGGCCUUUGGGAUGCGGAAGGCGCUGCAGGCUGAGCAGGGCAAGGCUGACAUGGAGAAGAAAAUUGCAGACUUAGAGGAAGAGAAGCGGGACUUGGAGAGGCAAGUGAAUGAGCAGAAGGCCAAGUGCGAUGCCACUGAAAAGCGGGAGAUGGAAAGGCGGCAGGUGGAGGAGAAGAAGCACACAGAGGAGGUCCAGUUCUUGAAGCGGACCAACCAGCAGCUCAAGGCACAACUUGAAGGUAUCAUUGCGCCAAAGAAGUAGGCCUCCACACAGACAAGCCAAGGAAGUGUUAUUGGCCGCAAGCGAAUGGGUCUUCAGAGCAUUCCACACCCACUUCCCCAGAGACCCCCUUUUGCCUUGAUCACCUAAGAUUCUCAUAGUGAUUAAAGCCCCUACCCAGUGCCUUCAGUAAUUCCUCUCAACUGGAUUGGGGUUUGCCUGUCGUUCCUAUUUGCUGGGGUUUUUAUAAAAUAUUUUUAUGCAAUAGUAACAAACUUUUUCAGUACUGUGUUCUAUGCAAGAGCCUGUUAGUCCUGGGCCACAAAGGGCUGUGCAGAGACACAUUAAAAUCUAGUCACAUCUCUGAAA